GAUCAGGGCACAUGCGGCAGCAGGAAGAAGUCUAUUUCUGAUCCAAAGGCAAAACAAAUCCCUCCAGGAUCCAUGGCCUUGUACUUUGAAAUGAGGAAAAGGAAAGAGUUGUUGAAAAAGAAAAAGAAUGAAGCAACUUUUCUUGAAACUGAAGAUUCUUCGAGUGAGAAGGAUCAUGAAAAUGUUAAUCAUAACAAGUCCGUGACCGGUGAAGACUCCAUGAGCGCUGAAGAGGAAGUAAGCAAAUCAUCACCGGUGAGGCAAGUUGAUAGUCCUGAACAACAUGACGAUGAUGUAGACUCUAUUGACGCUGCAUCGGAUAUGGAACAUGAGGUGGCAGCUGAAAAAGAUGUUGGUGCAAGUGCUAGGGCUUCAUUGAAAGGGCAACCAAUUGGGCCUACUCCAGCUGUUAUUCGUGAAUUCAGUCGGUUCCUAGGCACCAUGGCUAGAGAUUCAAAACUUGCACCUUUGAAUUAUGUUACUUGGCAUAAGGUUCCGCAAACUAAGUUAGACAAUAUGUGGAAUUAAGUCCUGGAGAAGUAUGUUGUUCCUACAGAAGGACAAAGGUGGGUUUUUGCUACCCUUAAUGAUUUGUGGCGUGUUCACAAGUCAAGAUUGAAACAAAAACAUUUUUAUAAAUACAAUACAGUAGAAGAAAGAUGGGCUAAUCAGCCAAAGAGUGUUCCUAAUCAACCGUUCCUAGAUCUUUUGAACUACUGGAACCUCGAAGAUGUUAAGGAGGAAAGCAAUACCAAUAGGCAAAAUUGCAUGAAGCAUGAUGACCCACA